UCCAGUGUUUUUGUGCCAUGACAUUGUUUUACUGCGCACAUUGGCAGACAUAUGUGUCAGGAACGUUGAGGUUUGGAAAAAUAGAUGUCACUGAAGCACAAUUCACUAUUAUGGUUAUAUUACUAGUGUCAACCAUAUUUGGUCCUUCCGUGUGGUCAAAAACGUUUUUUAGUGAAUCUUUUCAAUUGUGGUAUCUAAUUCCAAUGGGCACUUUAGCUUGUGGAUUUAUCACAUUAAACAACAGCCUCACUAUUGUCUUUACUGGUGGUGUUGGCAAGAACGGAUCAACGGUUGCUGUAAGUUUGGUUUAUUUGGAUGAAUAUUUUCCUGGGUUGGUUAUGGCUGACGACAGUGUCUCACUUCAUAUUUUGAAUUAUACUAAAACUUCUGACAGCCAGAAUUGUUUCAUCACACUUUUUUCAUCACAAUUUAUGAUGCUUAUCGAUUUUUUAUGUGGCAAGAAUGUGGUUAUUAACGCUGAUAAACUUAACCUCAUAAUCCAAUGAAAUUCCUAACUAUAA